ACGUACUGGUCGAAGGACCACCUUCGAGGCCGACGGCAUGCUUGAUUGUUUCGGUGAUGGCCAUGGUUGUGAUGUGUGGAAUUGGAGAGUCUCGACUGGCAGCAGCUAUUGCUAUGGCCUUGGACGUCGGUCGGGUGAACGCCAAGAGCUUCGAGAGGGAGCCCGGAGCCGGGAGCCCGCAGCGGAGCGGAAUUCGCAACGCGUCUCACGUCUUCCUCGUCAACCGUGUCUUCCUCGUGUGUCGCAUUUCACAUUUCACGCUGCAUCGGAGCGUUGCUAUUACCAUCUGCAAAUAUUGACGACGCUUGCAUGUGCUGAACGCCGGUCCCAGUGCAGCAAUCACCCUGGCCAGCAUUCACGCUAGACUGGCUUCAAUCCACUGUCGCUCU